CGCCGGUCGCCUGUCUCCGCGCCGGGCAUGCCUCGGGAGCCGGGGCGGCCCGGGCCGCGGGCGCUCUGCGGCGCAUGGACGGCGGCGGCGCCGGGCGAGCAGCGGGAGGAGAAGGCGCAGGCGGCGGCGGAAGCGGCGACCCACGGCUGGGAGCACCGGCGGCGCGAGGGGACGGCCGGCCGCCGGCGAGGCUCCGGCCCCACUACUUUUCCGUAGCCUCCCCACCUCAGCAGCACGGCCGCCGCCGCCGCCGCCGCCGCCACGGCCACGGCCCCGGCCGCCGCCCGCCGGGCAGCCCAGAGCGCCGCGCACGGCCGCACUCUCCCGCCACCCCACGCACACGCACACCCCCGCCCGCCCACGCCCCCCACCCGGGAGGGGGGAGAGAGGCAAAAAGUAAGAGAGGAAAAAAAAUAGCAGGAAGAUGGCGCCCACCAAGCCCAGCUUUCAGCAGGAUCCUUCCAGGCGAGAACGAAUAACUGCCCAGCAUCCUCUGCCCAACCAAUCAGAAUGUAGGAAAAUCUACAGAUAUGACGGAAUCUACUGUGAAUCUACCUACCAGAAUUUACAAGCAUUGAGAAAGGAGAAAUCCCGAGAUGCUGCUCGCUCCCGCCGGGGAAAAGAAAACUUUGAGUUCUAUGAAUUGGCCAAGUUGUUGCCUCUUCCUGCAGCCAUUACCAGCCAGCUCGACAAGGCAUCCAUCAUUCGACUUACAAUUAGCUAUCUGAAAAUGAGGGACUUUGCUAACCAGGGGGACCCUCCGUGGAACUUGCGAAUGGAAGGCCCUCCACCUAACACAUCAGUAAAAGUUAUAGGUGCACAGCGAAGGAGAAGCCCCAGUGCACUAGCCAUUGAAGUAUUUGAAGCACAUUUGGGAAGCCACAUUUUGCAGUCCCUGGAUGGCUUUGUAUUUGCACUAAAUCAAGAAGGAAAAUUUUUGUACAUUUCCGAAACAGUCUCCAUCUACCUAGGCCUCUCACAAGUGGAGCUGACAGGCAGCAGUGUCUUUGACUAUGUCCACCCCGGAGAUCACGUGGAGAUGGCUGAGCAGCUGGGCAUGAAGCUCCCCCCUGGGCGGGGUCUCCUGUCACAGGGCACUGCUGAGGACGGAGCCAGCUCAGCAUCUUCCUCCUCUCAGUCGGAGACCCCCGAGCCAGUGGAGUCAACCAGCCCCAGUCUGCUAACCACUGACAACACUCUUGAGCGUUCCUUUUUCAUCCGAAUGAAAUCUACUCUGACCAAACGCGGUGUGCACAUCAAAUCAUCAGGAUAUAAGGUGAUUCACAUAACAGGCCGGCUACGCCUGAGAGUGUCGCUGUCCCACGGGAGGACCGUCCCCAGCCAAAUCAUGGGUCUCGUGGUUGUUGCGCAUGCCUUGCCUCCCCCUACGAUCAAUGAAGUCAGAAUUGACUGCCAUAUGUUCGUCACUCGAGUAAAUAUGGACCUCAAUAUCAUUUACUGUGAAAAUAGGAUUAGUGAUUAUAUGGAUCUGACCCCUGUAGAUAUCGUAGGGAAGAGAUGCUACCACUUCAUCCAUGCUGAAGACGUGGAGGGCAUCAGGCACAGUCACUUGGACUUGCUGAAUAAGGGUCAGUGUGUGACAAAGUACUAUCGCUGGAUGCAGAAGAACGGAGGAUAUAUUUGGAUACAGUCCAGUGCCACCAUAGCUAUUAAUGCCAAGAACGCAAAUGAAAAGAAUAUCAUCUGGGUGAAUUACCUUCUUAGCAAUCCUGAGUACAAGGACACACCCAUGGACAUCGCACAGCUCCCCCAUCUGCCGGAGAAAACUUCCGAGUCCUCGGAGACAUCCGACUCUGAGUCAGACUCUAAAGACACCUCAGGUAUUACAGAGGACAACGAGAACUCCAAGUCCGACGAGAAGGGGAACCAGUCCGAGAACAGCGAAGACCCGGAGCCCGACCGGAAGAAGUCGGGCAACGCGUGUGACAACGACAUGAACUGCAACGACGACGGCCACAGCUCCAGUAACCCGGACAGCCGCGACAGCGACGACAGCUUCGAGCACUCGGACUUUGAGAACCCCAAGGCGGGCGAGGACGGCUUCGGUGCUCUGGGCCCGAUGCAGAUCAAGGUGGAGCGCUACGUGGAGAGCGAGUCGGACCUGCGGCUGCAGAACUGCGAGUCACUCACGUCCGACAGCGCCAAGGACUCGGACAGCGCAGGCGAGGCGGGCGCGCAGGCCUCCAGCAAGCACCAGAAGCGCAAGAAAAGGCGGAAACGGCAAAAGGGCGGCAGCGCCAGCCGCCGGCGCCUGUCCAGCGCGUCGAGCCCAGGCGGCCUGGACGCGGGCCUGGUGGAGCCCCCGCGGCUGCUGUCCUCCCCCAACAGUGCCUCGGUGCUCAAGAUCAAGACGGAGAUCUCGGAACCCAUCAAUUUCGACAAUGACAGCAGCAUCUGGAACUACCCGCCUAACCGGGAGAUCUCCAGGAACGAGUCCCCCUACAGCAUGACCAAGCCCCCCAGCUCUGAGCACUUCCCGUCCCCGCAGGGCGGCGGCGGCGGUGGGGGUGGCGGUGGCGGGGGGCUGCACGUGGCCAUUCCCGACUCGGUCCUCACCCCGCCCGGCGCCGACGGCGCGGCCGCCCGCAAGACUCAGUUCGGCGCCUCGGCCACCGCGGCCCUGGCCCCCGUCGCCUCCGACCCGCUGUCACCCCCGCUCUCGGCGUCCCCGCGGGACAAGCACCCCGGGAACGGCGGCGGGGGCGGGGGCGGCGGCGCGGGGGGCGGCGGCCCCAGCGGGUCCAACUCCUUGCUGUACACUGGGGACCUGGAGGCGCUGCAGAGGUUGCAGGCGGGCAACGUCGUGCUCCCGCUGGUGCACAGGGUGACCGGGACCCUGGCCGCCACCAGCACGGCCGCGCAGAGGGUCUACACCACGGGCACCAUCCGCUACGCGCCCGCCGAGGUGACCCUGGCCAUGCAGAGCAACCUGCUGCCCAACGCGCACGCUGUUAACUUCGUGGACGUUAACAGCCCCGGCUUUGGCCUCGACCCCAAGACGCCCAUGGAGAUGCUCUACCACCACGUGCACCGGCUCAACAUGUCAGGACCGUUCGGCGGCGCAGUGAGCGCAGCUAGCCUGACGCAGAUGCCCGCCGGCAACGUGUUCACCACGGCCGAGGGACUCUUCUCCACGCUGCCCUUCCCCGUCUACAGCAACGGCAUCCACGCGGCACAGACUCUGGAGCGCAAGGAGGACUGAGGCGCCGCCCGUCCUGGGCCCGGCCAGGCCCCGCUUGGAGGAGGCAUCGUCGGCAUUUUCGUUUAGACCUUUAAUUCUAGCACUUUGAAUUCGAGCAGGUCAGCGUCUUCUCUCGCCACGACGGUCCCCAUUCCACCCCCUCUUUCUUUCACCUGACUUAUUCUUUCGUGUAAAGAUAUGUUUAUUUUUUGCCUUCAGAGAGUCAGACGACCAGUUGCCUGCCGUUUUGUCUUCUUCUAAGAUGUGUGUUGGGUUGUUUUGCUUUCCUUUGCAUCUUUAUUAAGAUGUCUUUCAUGUGUAUAUGCCUCUGCCAUAGAAUACUCAGUCUUGUGGUCAAGAGAGUUCUCAAGUGACAACCAUUGGGGUUUCUUCAUAAAGAUCUUGAUAUGAUCAAGAUGGAAAGAGACAAGCAUAAACAAUGUGCCCUGUUUGACUAAGUCAAAUGAAAUAGGGUGGUUUUUUGUUUCUGUUCCUAAUUCCUUUAAAAAAUAGGGGGAAUAGUAUUUUAGAAUUUUAUGCAGAAUUUAAUUCUCUUUUUACGGUUAAGAUUUUAAGAUUUUCUUACUUGCACAUAAAAAUAAUUUGAGUUCUUAAACUUAAUUUCUGGCCUGUGACUAGAAUGUUUAAAAAAAAAAAGUCGGACUAAAUGUUAAUUACUGAAACAUUAACUUAAUUUCUAAAACCAUGGUGCUAUCAUUUAUUAAUCUGUAAUGUCUUCAUACAAAAUGCAGCUCCUGGGCUGGGUUUUGGGGGAAAAAAAAAAUGUGUUCUGUCCUGGUCUGGAGUCCGUUGCUGCAGUCUCCUUGGUUAGUUAAGACAAAGCCCUCAUUAACGUUUGCUGCAGGACUUAAAAUUUUUUACCUCCCAACUAACAAACAUAGCCUCACAUUAAAUUUAAUGGGUCAGUAAAGCCCUUUUUAAAGGGGCUGCUGGAAAACUCAAUCAAACUGAUUUGAGGAGCAGUUUAGGUACAUACUGCCUUUUGUUUAGCUUUUUGUUUUCCUUACUCAGUCUAACUGAGGCUAAUUUUGCAACUUCAAUAACACUUCGGAGUAAAAGAAGGAAAAUAUUUAACAUGUUUUUGGUUUUUUUCAUUUCUUAAAAAAAGGAAGGUUGUAUUUUGGGGGACUGGUUUGAUUUCAUGGAAUUUCUUUCCCUUUGGUUCUUAUUUCUGGGUUGAAACCAAUAAGUUUUAAAACUAAAGAAUGGGUUAAUAAGCUUCAGACAGAUAACUGCAACUGAAAACUGCACAUUAAGUAAAAAAAAAAAAAAAGAAAAAAAAAAAAAAGAAAAAGAAAAAAAAUCCUAUUUUGUCUUUGUUGCCAGAAAUCAGUGUGGUGUCAAACACUCCAAAUGACUGUCAAGUAUAAAUUCUUCUUCCACUUCAUUUUUGGCAGCUGUUUGUUAAGGCAUCUAAUAACAGAUGUGAGAACUGUAAUGUGUACAAUGUGUAUGUGUCCUUGGCUGUCAGUCCCAUUGCAGUUUCAAUGUGUGUUUCUAUAUGCAGUAUAUACUAAGCUAAUGUAGUUGUUUUGUCCUUUGUCUUAUCUGUGCUCUAUCUCUAGUCCGGAGUGGUACAGUCCCAUUCCUGCAGUCCUAGUGAAUCAGUGAUUCUUGGGGGUUAGUGGGUUUUGUGUGGUGGCCUUCCUCUGUAAUGUCACCCUAUGCUGCUUCUACUGUCUGUGAAUCUUCCGUUUUACCUUUUAAAAUUCCUGCUGUUGCUUUGCUGGUGUAUAUUCUCCCUACCUCUCCUCUCUUUCCCUCCCUUUCCCAUCUCCCCCUCUCCCUCCUCUUCAUUCCUUCCCCAUCCCCAAAAUCUCUUUCAUUCUCAGAGAUAAAAAGACUCUUAACUAGCUCAAGGUUAAUGGAGCCAUUUUUCCCACAACGGAAUUCUGGGUAUGACUCUGUCUUCUGGAGUGCAACACAAAGCACUGAAGAAUAAUGCUCAGAUAUAUUAAAUAAAUUGAUGCCAUAUAGCCUCAGUUGUUAACAUUCCCAGAGUCCCUUGUGCUCUACCUAUAAGCAGUGGGUGCUUUUCUUUGGUUUCCUUUCAGGUUGGCUGAUGGAGCAAUAUAUAAAGCAAUUACCAGUGAGACAGAAAAUUCUUUCAAAGGUCAACCAACAUUUUUAAGAAACAAAAUGGGAGGGGAUAAUGGAAUCUAGAAUUGUCAUAUAUAUUUGUUUACUUGUGCAAUGCUAAUAUAGUAACUCGGCUGUCCUUUGAAUAUCACUGUGUUGAGUAGAUUCCUCUAGGACCUUUGAUUUCAUGAGUUGGGCCCAAACCAUGGUGGAAUAAUAACAAAAAGAAGUUAAAUGCCACAAAUUUUAAUAGUGAGCUUACUUGAAGGAUUUAAGUAGGUUUAGAAGGUGAAGAAGGCCGAUGGAGAAAUUUACAGAUUAAUUUUGGAAGCUCUACUCUAGCUAUCGAACAAUCAAAGGAAUGCACCUAUCAGCUACAAAGAACAGCUAGACAGCUGUUUUUUUUCUUUUAUAAAUGUUUCUGUGUUGUGUCAAAAUGAUUUCUGGUGAUUUAAACUAACAGAUAAUCACAGCUGCUGUCUAAAUCCAUAGUGUUGAAAAUUACAAAAUGAAAAAAAAAAACACUUCAUUACCUGUGAAGACUGUGUCUGUGUUUUUAACUAUUUCUUGUACAAAUAUAUGAAAACUUUUAUGAGGAGACUGGUGCCAAGUAGCUGAAUAAUGGGGAAAGGGAUAUUCUGUUCGUAAAACUCUUAGCAGUGUUACCAACUCUACAAUAUAUAUAUAAAAAAUAAUUAAAACGUUACAAAGCGACAGCUAUGGUACAUUUGUUUUGUGUGAAGCUAACCGGACCUAACUUCCUGAGUGCCUGGCUUAUUUUGAAACAUUUUUUUUCAUUGACCAUUGAUAAUGCUGCAAAUCAGAAAUGUACAUACUUCAUUUACAACAGGGUUCUUUUUAUACUUUUGUAGAUUCUCAUACAUGUCACAUACAUGGUUGUCUUUAUGUAACUUAAUUUUUUCAUCCGCAGGUGCCAUUUUCAUAAUAAACUUCUCUUGGAUUUGUUA